AUGGGGAAGAGCACGCGGCAGUUCAUCUUGCUAACCUUCACCUGUGCAUUUUUCUUCUGCUUUGCUGAAGUGGCCUUAGAGGUCAAACUGUCUCCAGAAACCAUAUCCUUCCAGCAUACAGCUACUUCUGAGCCACUCCCCCGUCAUCAUUCUUCACCCUAUCAAGGUACCACAGUUCAUUUUAACAGCAUAGGCUCCUUUAAAACAACAUCCAUGAGCCACAGAAUAACUGUGCAGGCAACAGACCAACACCAGGUAACAACAGCACCAGGCAUUCACAUGACAGACCAGGCAGGAGCAACCACCACUCAAGUGACCAGCCAGAAAUCUCCCACAGUCAUAUCCACAAUAUCAGCAGACAACACAACUGCAGCUGGUCAGACUAUAACCCAGGCACUGGAAAUGGUUACACCUGUAGUGAAGAAUGCAAUCAUACACCCUGUGUCCUCCACCAAGCAAGCCAGAACAUGCGUGAGCACAGAAAUAACAGUGGCAGCCACAAACACAACCAUAAAACAUACAACACCAAAUACACAAAUGACAGCUACUGCCAUAAAUACUACAGCCACCACCAUGCAAACUGUAAAUCCCACCACAGGAAAUCAAACAACACUACCUGAGAGUCCAACAGCCCCAGCCACGACACAUGCAACAACCAUUCGUCCAGGGACUCAAACAACCAUCCCAUCUACUAUGAAAACAGCAAGACCCACUCUUGCACCACAGCCUUAUCCCAUCCCCACUGGCACAUACACCGUUUCCAGUGGGAACAGGACUUGCAUCAAAGCGGUCAUGGGUUUGCAGCUGAUGGCUCAAAAUGCACAGAAGAAGCAGAUGGAGUACAUGAUUGUCAACCCUAAUGCGACACAGACAUUUGGAAGCUGUGGGAUGGUGCAAUCUGAGCUGAACAUAAGUUUCAGUGAAGGGUUUAUAAACUUCACCUUUGGAAAGGAAGCUCCAAGGUACUAUGUCAGUAAAAUUGAGACCAGGUUACAGUUACCUUCUGAAGGUAUGCUUUACUAUGGAGCUAUACAAGAGAAGAUGUUUACAACAAAGCUGGGGAAUUCCUUUAAGUGUGCCAGCAAGCAAACCUUCAAUUUGAAGAAGAACUUUCAGCUACUCUUUGUUAAUAUGCAGGUGCAGGCGUUUGAUAUUGUUGGUAACCAGUUUGGAACAGAAGAAGAAUGUUUUCCUGAUAAAAACAGCAAAGCAGCUCCCAUCGCAGUGGGCCUGAGUAUCCUGGGAUUGUUAGUCAUUGUGUUUGCCACUUUCCUGAUUUCCAGAAGAAAGCCACAAAGAGGAUAUGAACGUAUCUGA